CCGGGAGAGGAGGAGAAAGACCGGAGGACCUGCUGGAAUUCCUCCAAGCUGCUCAAAUUUCCUCCAAGGCGCGAUCCUGCUUUCUUCCCAGCCGACGAACAUCCUCACCAUUCUAAUCUUCUCCUUCACCGAGCCCGAACAAGAUCUUGGCUAUAACGAUGUUACGGGGUGUCGCUGUGUUUCUUCUGCUCACUCUGGCUCUCUCUCGCGCAGAGGAGCUGCAGAGCAAGAGCAAAGUGUGUGCCAAUGUCUUCUGCGGGGCGGGCCGGGAGUGUGCUGUCAAUGAGAAGGGGGAGCCCAGCUGCCUGUGCAUAGAAAGCUGUAAGCCCCACAAGAGGUCAGUAUGUGGCAGCAAUGGUAAGACCUACAGGAACCACUGCGAGCUGCACAGGGAUGCCUGUCUGAGCGGGCUGAAAAUCCAAGUUGCCCACGAUGGACACUGCCAGGAGAAAAAGAGCAAGCAGGCAGCUGCCAGCCCAGUGGUGUGCUACGCUGCCGAUCGCAACGAGCUGAGGAGCCGUGUGAUCCAGUGGCUGCAGACUGAAGUUGUUCCAGAUGGCUGGUUUGUCAAGGGAUCCAACUUCUCUGACAUUCUGCUCAAGUACUUCAAGUCAUAUGACAGCGGCGAUUCCACACUGGACUCCUCCGAGUUGCUCAAGUUCAUCCAACACAAUGAGUCUGUGGCGACCGAGAUGCAGUCCUACGCCGACCAGGAGAGCAACAAGCUGCUUCGGAGUCUCUGCGUUGACGCCCUCAUUGAGCUGUCCGAUGAGAAUGCCGACUGGAAGUUGAGCUUUGAUGAGUUCCUCAACUGCCUGAAGCCUGGAUUCAACCCGCCCGAGAAGAAAUGUGCUUUGGAGGAUGAGACUUAUGAGGAUGGUGCAGAGACACAGGUGGAGUGCAACCGCUGCGUGUGUGCAUGCGGCAACUGGGUCUGCACGGCUAUGACGUGCGCAGACAAGACAGCUGAGGAUGAGUCAACAGACGCCGGUGUGGAGAUGACAGAGGAAGAGUGGGAUCUCCGCGUGGCAGAGCUGAACAAACACCAGGAAACAGUGGAGAAAAUGAAGGCUAGCACAAAGGAGGCCUAAAUGAGGUCAUGGAAAAAGAGAGGAUGCACACGACCACCCUUCCUCUAUACUUGACUUGCCUUGCAGCUCGGGCGUUAUGACAGCGACACAUUUUCUCUGCAAUUUGACUUAUUGUUAUACAUUUUUUACAGUGUUAAAGUGUUUAUGUGGAUGUUGUUUGAUUCCAGGGACAAUCUUAUGAUUCCCUUGCGUUCAGUACUGUCAUGUUUGAUUGUAUUACUACUCUUGUACACUUCUUACUAUGUAUUUUUGCAGUUUUUAAGGUAAAAAAAAAAGCAGGAUGUCGGUGUUUGGGGGAUUAAGGUGAGUUGGUUUUAUGGUGAGAAGCAAGGUAGUGGGGGUGUCCAAUUGUGAGCGACUCAACCAAUGCACUCGUUUUUAUUUCUUUUUGCUGAUGUGUUUUGCAUCCUAUUCGGCAUUCGGUAGGAAAAAUAACAUCGUGACAUCACAAAUCUUAAUUAUCUGUCACACAAUGGCAGUAAUGUCCUUUCCGUAAAAGACAAAGGCAGAUAUUAACUGUUCCCUAAUAAUUGUCAUCCCGUUACGGCUCUCAAAAGAGUUGCCACUUAAACACAACAACAACACAGUAAAAAGCAGUAGAGAAAGGGACCCUAGGUUGAAAUGUAGCCUGGUGAGACUGCAUCUGAACAUAGCAUGGCGACACCUGAAACCAAAGAUAGGCUGAAUGUUUUGACUUAUGUACGCAACUCUCCAGGAAGAUUACUCUGGACCCAACGACAACACUAUACCUUUUGAAAUCACAAAUGGACGAGCCUCGCUGGUGUAGAUGCAUCAUUAAGCGGAUUCGUGUGUCUGCUGUUAAAUGUGCAUUUCGUUUUUGUAUUUCAGUGUGUUGAUUUGUUAAAACCCUGCGUCUAAAAUAGGACACAAAAAUACAUAGUGCCUUAGACUUGGUCUGCACAAUGGUUAUUUUUCAUACCACACAAUGUUUUGGCUGAUGUUUGGUUGCGAAAGUGGCUUGUGACUCAUGCUGAUCAAUGCCUUGUGGAGCUCUUUGUUAGCCACUAAAAAAAGGACUGUAAGCAAUAUGUUUCAAAGCCAAUAAAUCUUUGUACACCACA